UCGAACAUAAUUGAAAAUCCAUUCUACUGUUCAUUGGUAUCAUCUCGCCAACAUCAAUAUAAGUCUUAAUCAAGAGCAUUUAAGGAAUGCCCGACGAACAAAACGAUAGCAUGAAGAGCACUCAUCCACCCUCCCCCCGCUUCACCCGAAGCCAAAACAUCACUCCUCCCCUCUUCAACGACCUUCCCCCGCUGUCCCCCGUGACGAACAGCAAGCCGAUCGACGGCUUUGCAGGAGAAACCAGAGAAUGCAUCCGUCGGUCGUGCAAGGAGAAGGAGAACAGGAUCGAUGCCGUGCGGCACAGUUUGAAGAAAGUGGUUGUCAGCGUGGCGCCGUCUGCGUGGGCUCUGUCGCCGGGGAGGUAUCCGGCGGCGGAUGGAGGCGGCGUUGGUGGGGAUAGAGAGGGGAGGAGGAGGAGGGUGCUGGAAGUUUUUCAGAGGAGGAAGGAGGGUGCGGAGGGGAUGGAGGAGGAGGGGCAUCGGUUGCGGGUGUUGGUGGUGAAGUUGUUGCAGUGGAGGUUCGUUAAUGCGCGGGCGGUGGCCGCGAUGACCGCCAACGCGACGGCUGAG